GGCAUGGCGCAUUGAGUGUGUUGGCACUUGAGGCUUGAGCAUUGAGAAUUGGCCAUGUUGCAGCCUGAGCUUGAGGAUGGCCAGCAGCAGGAGAGCAGCAGCAGAAGCAUUGUGCUGGGCAUGGCUAACGUCUCCCUAGAUGACAACGAUGUGGAUGUGGAUGUUGAUGUAGAUGUUGAAGUGGAUGUUGAGGUGGAUGUGGAUGUGGAUGCAGUGCCCGAGCGUAAGCCACACUUUUUGGACUAUGAUGCUGCUGUGCCGCCAGAUUACGAGGAUAGCUAUAAUGGUUAUAAUGGUAGCAUCGCUGCCGGCGAACAACUGAAAAUGGACAAGAAAUUCGAGCGAGAUGGCGAGAUUAGUGACUAUGAGCUCGCGGCGAGUGGUUAUACCAAGAAGGAGUUCACCCAGGACGACAAUACGCUGCACUUUACGCAAAGCGCUGCUGCUGGUGGCGGUGGCGGUGGCGCCAAGUGUAAGCCAGUGAAGCACUUCCUGGACGAGAAUCCCAUACCGCCCGAUUAUAUGCUGGCCCAGGAGAUGCGUGAACAUCGUAGUCUCGAUCGCAAUUUCGAACGCCAAUCGGCGCAGCAGCAGCAACAAAAGGAGCUGGGCGCAACUGGGGCGACGGGAUCAACAUCAGCAUCAGCAACUGGCGUGUCAAUCACGGGUAGCUCGGCCAGUCACAUUUCCCGCAGCCGUAAGGAGCCGUCGUAUACGCUCUCCCGUUUCCUGGACGGGGAUACAGCUGCCGUUCCGCCGCCACUGCCGCGUUUGCCCAAGGGUUCGGCGUGGACAAGCAGCAGCGAUGUGGAUGCCACGUUGGGCGCCAAAGUUGAAUGUGUCUAUUCGCUGCUCUCCAUGCUCGGCUCCAAUGAUCCGCUGGAGAUGUCCAAAAAGUUUCUUGAACUCUCUGGGAAUAGUCAGAGCUGUGCCACGCUGCGUCGAUCCGGCUGCAUGCCACUGCUGGUGCAGAUGAUGCAUGCCCCGGACAAUGACCAGGAGGUGAGAAAAUGCGCUAGUCUCGCACUGCACAAUGUGGUGCACAGUCAUCCCGAUGAGAAGGCCGGCAGGCGGGAGGCGAAAGUGUUGCGUCUCCUCGACCAGAUCGUCGACUAUUGUAAUUUCCUGAAGACACUGCUCCAAAGUGGCGGCGAGGCAAUUGCCGAUGAUUCGGAUCGUCAUCCGCUGGCGGCGAUCUCAUCGCUGAUGAAGGUCAGUUUCGAUGAGGAGCAUCGGCAUGCAAUGUGCGAAUUGGGUGCUCUUCAGGUGAUACCCAAUCUGGUACAUCUGGAUCACGCGGUCCACGGGCCGAAGCCGGAGGAUCAAUGCUGCAAUUCGUUGCGUCGUUAUGCACUGAUGGCUCUGACCAACCUCACAUUUGGUGAUGAGAAUAAUAAGGCGCUCCUUUGCGGGCAGAAGCAAUUUAUGGAGGCGCUGGUCGCCCAACUGGACACAUCCGGACCCGAUGAUCUCCUCCAGGUGACCGCAAGUGUACUGCGCAAUCUCUCGUGGCGUGCCGAUAGCAACAUGAAGGCGGUGCUCAAUGAGAUUGGAACGGUUACGGCGCUGGCCAAGGCAGCCAUGCGAAACAAGAGUGAGAACACGUUGAAGGCCAUUCUGUCUGCCCUGUGGAAUCUAUCGGCGCACUGCAGCACAAAUAAAGCGGAAUUCUGUGCCGUUGAGGGUGCCUUGGCCUUUCUGGUGGGCAUGCUCAGCUAUGAAGGACCCAGCAAGACCUUGAAGAUUAUCGAGAAUGCGGGCGGCAUUUUGCGGAAUGUGUCUAGCCACAUUGCCGUCUGUGAGCCGUAUCGUCAGGUGUUGCGUCAACAUCAAUGCCUGGCCAUACUCCUACAGCAGCUAAAGUCGGAGAGUCUGACGGUGGUCAGCAACUCGUGCGGCACAUUGUGGAAUCUAUCGGCACGCUGUCCCGAGGAUCAGAAGUUCCUCUGGGAUAAUGGUGCGGUGCCGAUGUUGCGCUCGUUGAUACACUCAAAGCAUGCCAUGAUCUCGGAGGGCAGCUCAUCGGCAUUGAAGAAUCUAUUGAAUUUUCGGCCAGCUGUACAGAAUCAGGAUCAACUCGAUCCCAUUGCCCGGAGCAUGGGCUUGAAACAGUUGCCGACGCUCAAGGCGCGCAAACAGAAGGCGCUGCAACAGGAACUGGUGGGGGAACGUGGCCAUGCAGAGACUUGCGAUAAUCUGGAGGGCAAUAGCAGCAGCAACAGCAACAGCAACAUGGGAAAGAUGCGUCAGCGUCAGCCAUCAGUUCCCAUCUCUCGACUCUCUCGCUCCGCGCUGCUGACGAAAAGCGAGAGCCGGGAUUCGGUUUACUCGGCCAAAUCGGAUACGGCCUAUGAGCAUCUGAUGCGAUCCGAUGCUGCUCAGCGUCCGCCCGGCCAAAGUCAGAGCUUUGAGCUGGAACUGGAGCUGGAUAUGGAGCACGAUGGCGAUGCGGCCACCGAGGAGCAGCCAAUCGAUUACUCCGUCAAGUAUAGCGAAGGAGCGGCGAACAAGAAUCACAACAGCAACAAAACAACAACAACAUAUCAGGAAACGGAUCUCGAUCAGCCAACGGAUUUCAGUCUACGCUAUGCGGAGAAUCAAUUGGAAUCGGAAUUGAAGCCGGCUUCGGCAGUCGAUGCAGUGGCGCCGGUGACAAAGACAUCCAGUGGACGUCAGGAAAUCCUCCUCAUUCUGGACGACAGUGUCAAGUGCUAUCAGACCGAGGAUACUCCCUAUGUCAUAUCGAAUGCGGCAUCUGUUACGGAUUUGCGGCAGGCAGCCAAAGCGGACACAGAGACUGAAGUGGAAGUGGAUGGAACGAUGCCACCCGCAGAUAUUGAGGGGGCCACCGGUACCAAGGUGAUCAUAAAACCCAACCAGGUCGAGGAGGAGGAGACUAGAGUGACGGCGCCACAAGUUGUCGGCAAACAUAGCUCAACCAAAUUAUCAUCCGGCUCCUAUACGCCCGAGAAGCCCAUCAAUUACUGUGAGGAGGGCACGCCUGGCUACUUUAGUCGCUACGAUUCACUCAGUAGCUUGGAUGAGGCUGGCGCCAAGUCGGCAAGCAAACAAGGCAAGCCAACCGUCAAGCAGGACGAGGAGCAAGUGCAGCCGCCAGAGGAAUCGGAAACGGUGCCAGCGAAACCCAAUUCAGCGCUGGAAACACCGUUAAUGUUCUCGCGUCGCAGCUCCAUGGAUUCGCUGGAUGUUGAUGUGGCCAAUUGUGAUGACAAGAGUUCGGUGGUAAGUGAUUUCAGUCGUUUGGCAAGCGGUGUCAUCUCCCCCUCGGAGCUACCCGAUUCGCCCACACAGAGCAUGCCACAAUCGCCGGGGCGACGUAAUCUGCGGGAUGUUACCAAUGUUGCCCUGCCAACCAGUGUGGGAGCCAACGCGUCGCGUCCGUUGCGCAGCGUCUUCGAGGAUGAUCUGAGCAGCUUCAACGUGGAACACACACCUGCCCAAUUCUCCGGCGCGACCAGCCUCAGCAAUCUGAGCAUUGCGGACGAUGACAAACCGUUGCUGGCUGUCGGCGAGAUCGAUAAUGAUAACGAGGAUGAGCUGCUGCUAGCCAGCUGCAUUAACAUGGGCAUGCAACGCACAGUGGCAGCUGCUCCCUCUGCUCCAACUGCAUCAACAGCAACUGGAACAGCAAUUGAGGAAACCACACGCAGCUAUUGCACCGAGGACACACCGGCUCUCCUGUCCAAAGUCGGUAGCAACACCAAUCUCUCGGCCAUAUCGAUGAACUCUGCGGCAGAAACGCAGCCGCAACGCAGCUCACUCAAUCUAUCCGAUGAUGUCUCCUCCAAUGCAUCCGAUUGUGUGCUCCAGCAGUGCAUUCGUGCCGGCAUGCAAAAGUCAUCGCCGACACCAGCUGGCGCUGCUGCUGCAGCUACAGUUGCUGCACCACACAAUCCUGAUCCGAUAGACAUGCUGCGCAGAGGUGGUAAUCCAUUACCCGCCUAUUUGCCCGUCAGCGAUGAGAUGAGCAAAUAUCUGGUGGAGGAUAGCCCCUGCAAUUUCUCCGUCGUCUCUGGUCUGUCCAAUCUAACUGUCGGCUCCAGUCUGGUCGGACCAGCGGUGCAGCUGGAGCAGCAGGAGAUAACUGGUGUUGCCGAAGCGAAUGCAGGAAAGAUCAACGUGAUCCAGGCACCAGCAUCGGUGGCACCACAAGAGAUCGCUAACCGACGACCGCUGCAUUGGCAGGAUGAUUCGCUGAGCUCCUUGUCCAUUGACUCGGAGGAUGACACCAAUUUGCUAAGUCAGGCUAUUGCCGCUGGCUGUAAUAGACCCAAAUCGAAUCUUGGCUUCAGCACAAAUGCCUCAAGCAGCAAGCGAUCCAGUUCGCUGUGCUCCUCGUCGCAGCCGAUUGCUAUCAAUGCAGCGAGCUCGGCGUGCUCCUUAAAUUCGGCGAUGAGUGCGCGGAAGACGGUGCCGCAGGAAUCGUACAGUUCGGUGGAUUCGAGUGAUUCGAAUGAUAAUCAAUCCAAGUCACUGUUUGAGCUGUGCAUCCUCAAUGGCAUGUACAAGUCCUCAUCCUCCUCGUCCAAGGAGCCGGCUAGGUCACAGCAACAACUGCAACUGCAACAGCAGCAGCAGCAGCAACAGUUGUUAAGCGGUCAAUCCAAUCCCAAUCUGAAGCAAUUCGAUUCGCUGCCCAUUCAAUUGCCGUUGCAAGCAAAGCGACAGCGUCAUCAUCAUCAUCAUUCGCAUCAUGCGCAUCAUCAUCGGGAGCGGGAACGGGAACGAAAGGAUGAGAAACUGCUGCUGGAGUGCAUCAAUACGGGCAUCUCGAAGAAGAUCAAUGCGGUGCCAAAAAACGCGCAAGCUACGUCUGCAGCUGCAUUGGAACCGUGUCACCCAAUGGCGGCUACUACAUCAGCAAGUGCCAACAGCACAGCACAAGCAGCAGCAACAGCUCCAGACGUAGACAAACAGAAGCAACACCAGCAACAACAGCAACAACAACCCGCAAUAGCAACCACAACAAUCUUCAACCACAACAAUCCAAUACCAUCCAAUCCGAGCAGCAACAGCAACAUCCCCAACAACGACAUCGACAUCGCCAUCGACGCAGCAAAAAAUCCAGCUCCAAGUCGCGAGAUCGCGAACACGAACGUUCCCGUGACCGUUAUUGGGUCUAGACAGCAACAGUCCAACCAUCAAUUGGAUUCCCAUUGUUCCAGCGAUGAAUCGAAUCAAUCGUUUAUACUGGACACCCAAGUGCGUUUGGAUGAGCUGCCCGUGGCAGAGUCAGCCAACUGUUGCAGCGCCGAUAAGCACAAAGAUCCCGAUUUGAUGUUGAAAUCGGUGGAGCGACUCACCUUGGAGUUUGUCACAUCGGCGGAACAAUUGCGAACGGGCAACAACAAAAACAACAACAGCAACAACAACAAUACGUGGAGCGAGCACACCUGUCCCAAUGAUGUGUCCUUUCCCAGCAUUAGCCAAACAGCGCCCAAGCUCGCCUCGCUCAGUCUCGAUGAUGAUGCGGAUGAUGCCACACAAGCGGCCGAUUUACAGGAUUUUUCCGAAGCAACGAAUGGCGAACUAGGUGCUGCUCCAGCUCCAGUUUCCCUCGAGCAGCAGCAGCAGCAGCUGGUUAGCCUCAAUUUCCAGCUGGGCGGUCAGGUGCAGAGUGCAGCGAUGCACAGCUAUGAUUCACAGCAGUUGCUCUUCAAUGGCACCAGUGCCUCCAUGAUGACCAAUUCGACAAUGAUUGCGUACGAGGCGCGCGCCCUGGCCGAGAAUCUGCAGCAGUUGCAAGCAGCUAACGAUGACGACGACGUCGAUGACAUGCUCCAGUUGAGCAGUUUGGAUUUGGAUAAUGUGUGUCCACCAUCUGGCAUGGAAUCGCUAAAUUCCGCCUGCAACACCCAGCCGAGUUCGUUGCGCCAACUGCUGUUGCCCGGUAAAUCACCGAGAUUUGCACGCAAGCCAUUCCCAGCGGGUCUGGUGGCGAGACGUGCCCUUGGCCAGCUGGCGGGCAGUGCGGAGAGUGUCAAUUCCAGUUGUUGUAAUCUAUUGGAUAACAUUAAGCCGCCAUCGUUAAUGGAUGAGCUGCUCGACUCCAUGAUCAGUGUGGACAGCAUACAAUCGGAGGUCGCCGAGGAUGCCGAACUGGAUUGCAGCAUGGCCACCACAAUUUCGGUGUCCAAUUAUGAGACAGCAGCUGGCGAUGAUCAAACAUUAACUCUAACCGUGCUCCAAAGCUGCUGCGAUUACAAUGAUGAUGAGGAGGAGGAGGAGGAGGAUGCCACCAUGAAUGAUGAGUUUAGCUCGGCGGAGUCGACACCGAAGCAAGGAUCGACACCCUCACCCAAUCGUCGCACGCUGACGCCCAAGCAGAAGCGUCGCCUGGCCAAGGAUCGCUACAAGACAUACACCAUCACCAGCAAUGCUGUGGCCGACCUGGACGCAGAGGCGAAUGAAACACUACAGAUUGAGAUUGUGGAGUCCGCAGUGGCUGUGGCAGCUCCAAUGACGCCUGUGCCACGCAUCAAUGGACGACGACGUGGCAGCGCCGAACGCUACAAGACCCAGCUCAUUGAGUGUCCCAGGCAAUUGCUACUCCAGCCGGGGCAACAGUCGGAGCAGGAGCAGGAGCUGGAGCCGGAUGACGGCCUCAGCGAACAGUUGUCCUCGAUGCGCGCCAUGAUGCAACAGUUUACCUAUAUUACCGACAUCAAUAUUGGUCUGCCCAAGGAGGAGAUGACACCGGCUGUGCCUGCUCCUGCUGUGGAUGAUCCGCCCAGCUGCGAGGGUGAACAGAAUUCGGAGACGGAAUCGUGUCAUGGUCGCGCUCAAACACCGCCAGCUGCUGUCAGAGCUGAGAUAAAGCAGGCCACUUUGCCGCCAGCCACCGCUGUGAAGAUUGUGCGUGGCCGAAAGAAGCCCGCCUACAUCUCGCCCUACAGCAUGCAGGGUCAGCGGGAGGCCAAGAAGACGCUCUCCCCGACCAUAGCCAGGCGCAAUGCGUUGCCCAGCAGCCAACGUCUGCCCGCCAAGAAGAAAGCAACAACAACUGCAACAACAACAAAAACUGCAACAGCAGCAACAACAACAACAGUGAGCAACACACGCCUGGAGCGUCAGGGCACCUUUGUCAAGGAUGAGCCGACGCACACCAAUGUGCAGGUGCCCAUUGUGGAAGCAGUGAGUCCCACGCAACGACAAGCCGCCUCCUCCAAGCUGCCCACAAAGUGCACAACAAAAGGAACAGCAGCAACAAGAGCAACACCAACCAGUUCACCCAAGCGAUUCGUGGCCGGUCAGCAGCAGCAGCAGCAGCAAAGACAGCAACGUGCCAAUACGAAUAUACGUCUGGCCAGCGCCAAGGCAGCCGCAGCAUCACGUGUCGCAGCUCAAGCAGCGCGAGUGUCGACCACAACGCCGCCAUCGCGCAGCAAUUCGAGUCUGAAUGAAUCGGCGAAGAUUGGCCAGGCGCAGAGUCGCAUCGCCAACAUUUGGAAGCGUGUCGAUGAGGCCAAAACCAAAGCGAAGACAACGACAAAGGCAAAGACGACACCGACCAAAUCAACAUCCAAUUUGAGGACGCAGCAAACGAAAUCUUCCAAUAUGCUGAAUGGUGGAGCAGUAGCGACGCGUCCCAAACUUCUACUGCGCAGCUCCACAUUCGACAAUACGCCGGAGGCAACCAAAUCCACAGCUCCCGUGGCCAAAUCUCGGCUGCCCAUUGGAGGCGCACGCAAAUAGAAAGCGAAAAACAAAAGUCUUGCAUUUUGAACAACGCACAGAUAUCAGCAAAAGAAUGUUUUAUUUGAUAUAGAUAUAUAUAUAUAUAUCAAUAUAUAUACUUAAUCAAUAUCUAUACAAAACUUUAUAUAGAAGUGUAGCUAGUUCGAUAAGAGAGCCUAGUAGAAAAAAAACAAAACAAAACAAAACAAAUCCCUAUCUCUAAUCCACAAAUCACAGUCAGAAACGUGGAGCGAUUUAAAACAUUAGCAUUAUAAUCCAAGCUCCAAGUUCCAAGUGUGUAGCCAAAUAUAUUGCAUAAUAAUAUUAAUAAUAAUAAUAACAAUAAUUAUAU